AUAUUUUUGUUCACCGAAAUCCCCACCCGAGGCUUGAACCCUUUCCGACACAACGCGUUCGGUCAGCUGAUGGACAUGCGCACUUUGGCUUACAAAUUCAUCCCCAACAAAUCGCCACCGGUCUCGGCUGUUUAUUUUGUUGGCAUCGUCCUCCUGCCCCUGCCUGGUGUAGAAUGAAUUCAACGACUGUCGUAUUAGCAAAUCAAAACAAGAAACAACUGCCAGUGAGAACAAAGCCGUCAAAUCAGCUGUUAGUAGGAAUCCGCUUGGCGAUUCGAACUUGGCAUUGACGCAGUUUCCUCCGACUUUGAAUUUUACGAAGAUUUUACCUUUUCUUCUAGAGUUGAUUCGAUGUCAAAAAAACCACGUUCCACGUUCGGUGAAAAGUGAUAUUCAAGCGAAAUCUGAAGUUGCCGCACGAAACGAGCUUGCGAAAGUGGGCUGUAAAAAAAAACCUGAUCCAAAACAAAAAGGGAUCAAACCAAAAGUACGUGACAAAAAGAAAUAGAAAUGGAAGUCGCAGAAUUUUCCCCGCCGCUCGGUAUUAAUGAUAUGCCAUUUGAGAUACUUUGCGACGUGUUUGACUAUUUACCACUGAUGGACAUUAAAACUGCGGCGCUGGUUUGUCGCCGAUGGAAUCAGAUUAUUUUCUCCGAGUUGUACAUCAAACGGUUCAAGAUGGUGGUCAGCCUGAAUGAGUCACUCCUGCGACUGAAGCAAAUGGUUCAGAUUCUGGAGAAAUCCGAUCGUGACUAUUACAGCAUUAUACUGAAGGUCAAUUUGGGCAGCCCUUUGACCGAGGCACGACUCAAGAUUGUCAAAUAUGUCGUCCGAUUGAUUUCCGAGUACGCCGAAUCACUGUACUUCAAUAUGGCAGAUCUUCGGCUUGAAUCUUGCGUUUCCGAACGGUUGCUUCGAAGCCGGAAACUGCAACUCAUCGACACCCGUGCGAAAUAUAUUCCCCUGGGAAUGGGUCUCAAGGAAUCUAUGCUCGGUGCGAUCUGUGAGUAUGCAACCGAUCUGACCGAUCUGGUGAUCUCCGACAUGAACAUCAACAAUCCGAAGGCGUUGGAAAAACUAUCGCUUCUAGGGCAGCUCAAGUUGCUUCUGAUCAGUGAUUAUUAUCCGUACACGAAACCAACGGCACCUCCGAUCAACGUUCCCAGUUUGGAGAACCUUACCUUGAUCAACGUAACGGACGAGUCUAAUUUCUACUUCAAGGUGGACAGCCUGAAGCGAUUGUUUAUUCACACUACCGGUACGGAUGCGACACGAUCGAUGCAAUUCAUCGCAAACAACAUCACCAACGUCAGUAGGCUGGGUGUGCAUUUCAGUGCCCGAACCAUUGUGGCUCAACAAAUUUUCGAACACUUGGACAAAUUCCCCAAUCUGAGCACAUUCGAACUGGGAGGCGUUGCCAUUCCGGCCGACGCUCUGCAGGAACUCAAUCCAAGCAACCGGUUGCAGAAGUUGAUUUUGGUCGGCUGUCAACUGGAAACUCUCUUCUUAACCGAUCUGAACCAAAAGCUGCAUUGUCUGCGACAGUUGGUUUUCGAUUCGUGUUUGCUGUUUCAUCGGUUGCAAGGUUUCCAACGGGUUCAGUAUGACGAUUUGGAACCAGUGCGAAGAUCCUGGCCCCAUCUGCAGGUUUUGUUGGAUUACAAUUAGGCUUGAUAAACGUGUUGAAGUGUUUCGUUCUAAGCAA